GCGGAGCCGCUCGGAGCCCAGAGGGUUUCGCCAAGCGUGCAGAGCGCCCCUACGGUAGGGCGAGGAAGAAAGCGAGCGAAAGAAGGGAACGGGAAGGCGAGGAGGAAAGAGGAGAGGCGGAAAGAAAGGGGAAAGAGCGCGCGCGGCCGGAGCGCAGAGCGCGAGCCGAGCGGAGCCCCGCACGGCGCAGGCGGCGGCGGCGGCGGUGGCGGCGGCGGUGGUGGCGGCUCGGCGCUCCGCUCCGGGCUCGCUCCGCGCCGGCUUUUGCGGGCGGCCGGCGGCGCGGGGCCCUUUGGAAAUAGAAUAGCCAAUGUAAUCUGACACUUCAACUUGCUCGGCUCCGGGCGAGUUGAUUCACUUACCCCCUAACGCCGAGUUCCUUUCCACUGUCUGUGGACAUUAAAAAAGCGAGCGGCCGGGCGGCGGAGCGAGCGAGCGAGCAGCGCCGGCGCAGCGCGGUGACCCCAGCCCCGGCCGGCGCGGAGCAGGAACCGCAGCCGGAGCCGAGCGGAUCUCGGCGCCCUCGCUGCGCUCUCCCGGCCCGAGCCGGCCCUGCCGGGCGGCGGCGACACCAACAGCGGCAGCGGCGGCGCGUCCUCCGGCGGCGGCGGCGGCGGCGGGGCUCGCAGCGCCCGGACUUGCAGCAGCAGUGCUGGGCUGAACAAGAGCUGCUGGGCCGCGGCCUCUUUGCCUUGACCCCCACCUCAGCGGCCUCCCGUCCCGGCACACAGGCAGAGGUCUGAGCAGGAGGAAGAGGAGGAGGCCUGGUGACAUCAGACUAAUGCUGCAAGGGGUGUGAGGAGAGGAGCUGCCAUCAGUCACUGAGCUGCCAGACCCGGAAAGGAGGAUGGAGCUGGAGUGAGGUGGCCGGGCCACGAGCUGCUGACCGGCACGUGGGACACUGGUGACUGGUGGAUCACUGAGGCUGGACGACGUUCAUGGCUCUCGGGUAGAACCCAGCGAAACGGCCAGAAUGAACUCUAUGGACAGGCACAUCCAGCAGACCAACGACCGACUGCAGUGCAUCAAGCAGCACCUGCAGAGUCCUGCCAACUUCCACAAUGCCGCCACAGAGCUGCUGGACUGGUGCGGGGACCCGCGGGCCUUCCAGCGGCCCUUCGAGCAGAGCCUCAUGGGCUGCCUGACGGUGGUCAGCCGCGUGGCCGCCCAGCAAGGGUUCGACCUGGACCUCGGCUACAGACUGCUGGCUGUGUGUGCCGCCAACCGGGACAAGUUCACUCCCAAGUCUGCUGCCCUGCUAUCCUCCUGGUGUGAGGAGCUCGGCCGCCUGCUCCUGCUCCGACAUCAGAAGAGCCGCCAGAGCGACCCCCCUGGGAAACUCCCCAUGCAGCCCCCCCUCAACUCCAUGAGCUCCAUGAAACCCACUCUGUCGCACAGUGAUGGCUCCUUCCCCUAUGACUCUGUCCCUUGGCAGCAAAGCACCAACCAGCCUCCCGGCUCCCUCUCCGUGGUCACCACCGUUUGGGGAGUGACCAACACGUCCCAGAGCCAGGUCCUCGGGAACCCCAUGGCCAAUGCCAACAACCCCAUGAAUCCAGGCGGCAACCCCAUGGCGUCGGGCAUGACCACCAGCAACCCCGGCCUCAACUCCCCUCAGUUCGCUGGGCAGCAGCAGCAGUUCUCAGCCAAGGCCGGCCCCGCGCAGCCCUACAUCCAGCAGGGCAUGUACGGCCGGCCCAACUACCCCGGCAGCGGGGGUUUCGGGGCCAGUUACCCUGGGGGUCCUAGCGCCCCCGCAGGCAUGGGCAUCCCUCCGCACACCAGGCCGCCUGCUGACUUCACUCAGCCGGCGGCAGCCGCCGCAGCAGCUGCAGUGGCAGCGGCAGCAGCCACGGCCACGGCCACAGCCACAGCCACUGUGGCAGCCUUGCAAGAGACGCAGAACAAGGACAUGAACCAGUACGGACCGAUGGGUCCCACCCAGGCGUAUAACAGCCAAUUCAUGAACCAGCCCGGGCCACGGGGGCCUGCCUCCAUGGGGGGCAGCAUGAACCCUGCCAGCAUGGCGGCUGGCAUGACGCCCUCGGGGAUGAGCGGCCCUCCCAUGGGCAUGAACCAGCCCCGGCCGCCCGGCAUCAGCCCCUUUGGUACACACGGGCAGCGGAUGCCCCAGCAGACCUACCCGGGCCCCCGGCCCCAGUCCCUUCCCAUUCAGAGCAUUAAGAGGCCAUACCCGGGAGAGCCCAACUAUGGAAACCAGCAAUACGGACCAAACAGCCAGUUCCCCACCCAGCCAGGCCAGUACCCCACCCCCAACCCUCCGAGGCCGCUCACCUCCCCCAACUACCCUGGGCAAAGGAUGCCGAGCCAGCCCAGCACCGGGCAGUACCCGCCCCCCACGGUCAACAUGGGGCAGUAUUACAAGCCAGAACAGUUUAAUGGACAAAAUAACACCUUCUCGGGAAGCAGUUACAGCAGCUACAGCCAAGGGAAUGUCAACAGGCCUCCCAGGCCGGUUCCUGUGGCAAAUUAUCCCCACUCGCCUGUCCCAGGGAACCCCACACCCCCCAUGACCCCCGGGAGCAGCAUCCCCCCGUACCUGUCCCCCAGCCAAGACGUCAAACCUCCCUUCCCGCCUGACAUCAAGCCAAAUAUGAGCGCCCUGCCGCCGCCCCCAGCCAACCACAACGACGAGCUGCGGCUCACCUUCCCCGUGCGGGACGGCGUGGUGCUGGAGCCCUUCCGCCUGGAGCACAACCUGGCUGUCAGCAACCACGUGUUCCACCUGCGGCCCACGGUCCACCAGACGCUGAUGUGGAGGUCCGACCUGGAGCUGCAGUUCAAGUGCUACCACCACGAGGACCGGCAGAUGAACACCAACUGGCCGGCCUCGGUGCAGGUCAGCGUCAACGCCACGCCCCUCACCAUCGAGCGUGGUGACAACAAGACCUCGCACAAGCCCCUGCACCUGAAGCACGUGUGCCAGCCGGGCCGCAACACCAUCCAGAUCACCGUCACCGCCUGCUGCUGCUCCCACCUCUUCGUGCUGCAGCUGGUGCACCGGCCCUCCGUCCGCUCUGUGCUGCAAGGCCUCCUUAAGAAGCGCCUCCUGCCCGCGGAGCACUGCAUCACGAAAAUCAAGCGCAAUUUCAGCAGUGUGGCUGCCUCAUCAGGCAGCACGACCCUCAACGGGGAAGACGGCGUGGAGCAGACGGCCAUCAAGGUGUCUCUGAAGUGCCCCAUCACAUUCCGCCGCAUCCAGCUGCCUGCCCGGGGCCACGACUGCAAGCACGUGCAGUGCUUUGACCUGGAGUCCUACCUGCAGCUGAAUUGUGAGAGAGGGACCUGGAGGUGUCCUGUGUGCAAUAAAACCGCUCUCCUCGAGGGCCUGGAGGUGGAUCAGUACAUGUGGGGGAUCCUGAAUGCCAUCCAACACUCCGAGUUUGAAGAAGUCACCAUCGACCCCACGUGCAGCUGGCGGCCGGUGCCCAUCAAGUCGGACCUGCACAUCAAGGACGACCCCGAUGGCAUCCCCUCCAAACGCUUCAAGACCAUGAGUCCCAGCCAGAUGACGAUGCCCAACGUCAUGGAGAUGAUCGCAGCCCUGGGCCCCGGCCCAUCCCCCUACCCACUCCCACCUCCCCCCGGGGGCACCAACUCCAACGACUACAGCAGCCAAGGCAACAACUACCAGGGCCAUGGCAACUUUGACUUCCCCCAUGGGAAUCCCGGCGGGACGUCCAUGAAUGACUUCAUGCACGGGCCCCCCCAGCUCUCCCACCCCCCGGACAUGCCCAACAACAUGGCCGCCCUCGAGAAACCCCUCAGUCACCCCAUGCAGGAAACUAUGCCACACACUGGCAGCUCUGACCAGCCCCACCCCUCCAUACAACAAGGUUUGCACGUUCCACACCCCAGCAGCCAGUCAGGGCCUCCAUUACAUCACAGUGGGGCUCCUCCUCCUCCUCCUUCCUCCCAGCCUCCCCGGCAGCCGCCACAGGCCGCUCCCAGCAGCCAUCCACACAGCGACCUGACCUUUAACCCCUCCUCAGCCUUAGAGGGUCAGGCCGGAGCGCAGGGAGCGUCCGACAUGCCGGAACCUUCACUGGAUCUCCUUCCAGAACUCACAAACCCCGACGAGCUCCUCUCCUACUUGGACCCCCCUGACCUGCCAAGCAAUAGUAACGACGACCUCCUGUCUCUCUUUGAGAACAACUGAGGGCCCCCCACCCCGUCGGGGCCCGCCCUCCCCACUCAGCCUCCUUACCCUGUCUGUCCCACACACUUUUCCUCCCCAAGAGCCCUCCCCUGCUGCAGCCUCGGUGUGGAGGAGGCGAACAGGGCACCUCGGGGAGGCCGUGUGGAUCUGCAGCCUGCAUCCUGCCUGUCCGCCUGGGCUUGGGCCCACGCUCUGAGCAGGCCCCGAAGACGACCCCCUGAGGGGGACCCGGCCCAGUGAGCGGUGCACCUGACUACGGCGGCGGCGGCAGCAGCUUCAGGUGCACCUGCCAGUGCUCCCAAGGUUCUUCCAUUUUCUAGACUGUAGCCCUGCCUCCCUGCUUCCUGGCCCAGAGCCUCCUUCGAGUGACUACAGAGCCUGAGAGAAGGCCUCCCCAAAAUCCAGGGAGGGGCCCAGACCUAGGAGGAGCAGUGACAGCUUGUGGCAGUGAGAUCGGUCUGCCCACCACCACCACCACCACCACCACCGAAAAGCACAAACCUCUGGGAAAGAGAACAUCUCUCGGGGGCCAAGGGUCAUCGGGUUGACCCCUGACCUCUAAGCCAAGCCACCCUGUCAGCACUCUCAGACAAUGGAGAAAGACAUGAUUCUGUGUUUGAGAGAGGGUCUGCCCCUCUUGCUUGGGCACUGGUGGGAAAGGGGCCCGGGGCCUCCCCGCAGCCAGGACAGUGCAUGGGGGGACCCUGUGACCUUUGGACUCAGACCAGGGCCAGGCCUUGGAGGGCAGAGAGUGCGUGUGCAUGCACCCAACAGACAAUGCGUCCUCCGGUAUGGCCCAGGGCGCCCACCGCCAGCUGCAGUCAAUCUUGGAGCUUUGCUCCAAGCCACUCCCCGUUUGCAAGUGGCGACAAUGGUGUUGGACUUGGACAGAAAGCAAAUCAUUUCUCUCCGUGUGUUCUGUUUCCAGUCCCCACCCGCCUCCCCUGAGAUUGUGCCGCGGGACAACGUGCUUCCCUCUGUGUCCUGGUUGUCCCCGUCCAGCCCAAAAGCGUGGGGAGCAGUGGCAAGGCAGGGAGGCACAUGUGCAGGCUUGGUAGCCAGGGACCCGGUUUGGAUGUCUCUCCGGCCUCCGGACAGUCCGGCCCCUGCGCCCAGGGCUGCAGCCCGUCUACCACCGUGUGUGUGGGACAUCCCUGCGGGCAUCCCGUGGUGUUCUGUGGCAGCUUCGGACGCUACCCUGGGCUGCCAAGCCUCGUCUCCCCUCCCCUCCUCUCCGUGUCCACCCUGACCAAAAGCCCAGCCCGCACUCCUGCUCGCCGCAGCGGGAGCAGCCUCCAAUCUGCCCUUUGCCGCACGGCUCUGUCUGGCUUUGCACUCCCUGGAGAGCGUGUCCCCGCAUCCAGUUGGUUCCAGGCUCAUCGGUGCCCCCCGAGCCACGUGGCCUCUGGUGAUGCCGGGUUGUCCGGUCACUUGGGUCGUGUCUAUAAGUUCUCUGCGCCCUUUCCUGCUGCUGCCUGGGGUCUUCCCCUGGCCUCCCGUCCAGUGCCAGUGUCCCCGGCCACUGUCUAUUGCCCCGUCUCCCCCUGUGUGGUGGGCGGUCCCCAGCACUCUGUGGAUUGUACCGGAAAGGUGGCCCCGGCCGUGGACUUCCGUCACCGCAGACGGCACGAGGGUCUCUGCAGGAGCUGUUGUCCCCGCCGCCACCAUCCCCUCCCCGGACCUUUUUUUUUUCCUUUGUCCCGUUGUCCAGGUUUUUCCAAAUAGCGUUCAGUAUGCAAAUCAAUUAUUUUAAGAAACGCUUUUGUAAAUAUCUUUGUGAAUAUUUUAGUAUCGUCUUUGAUAAUAUUCAACAUUUUCAUGACCUGGUUAUAGCCUUUGCUGGUGUUUUUAAAAUACCCUGACUCAAUGACAAAAAUGGAGUCCUCUUUUUUUUUUCUUUUUUCUUUUUCUUUUUUUUUUUAAAAAAAAAAACAACAAAAACAAAAAAGCAACCAGGGCUAUUUGUACAGAUGAGGGGCACCCAGAGCGAGUGGCCGCGCCGGGGACUGGGAGACCAAGCAGCCGCCGUCCAGCGCCGGCUCCUGUCAGCGGGUGGGGACAGGAUGGAGCCAGGGGUUGUGGCCUGGCAGCUGGCCGCACUCUGGCUCGGACCAUCUGCCCCAUACAGACUCAUGGAUGCCUGCCUUCAGAGUUUGUGCUCCCUGCCGUGGGGUGCUCGGCCCCAGAAGGGCCUGCCUGGGGUCUGUGCUGGUUCCUACCCGGCUGCGCCCAGACCUCUCUACAGCUCGAGUCAGAGUCCAGACGCUCCCUGAAGCCCGGGCUCCUGGCACCUGCUCUAGCCAUCUCUGGGCUUGGCACCUGAGGUUGGGCCCUGGGUCACCUCCCAAGCAGGCCUCCACCAGCAAGUUCAUCCAAGAGCCUUGCUUCCAGCUGGCCCCGGCCCGUGGUGCCCGAAGCCCGCACUCUGGGGGUAUACUCCUCCCAGGGUGACCUUGGAGCCAGGCCAGGGUGCAAGGGAGGUAUGGGAGAGCGGUGGGAGGGGGUGCCGCCGUAGGAGCUGGCAGGAAGGGGGCCGCAUCCAUCAGCAAGGCAGGUCUGAGCCUGGGAAGAGACGUCCAGACCCUUCCAGUCGGCCAUUUGGAGCCAUAAGUCACUUCAGCAAAAAACAAGGCCUCGGCAGGCCACCUCGCCUUGACAAGCAUCGAUCCAGCCCACGGGGACGCCUCUGCCGCCACUCAGCCAGCGAGAAGGCAGGAAGCGCCGAGUGCAGGCGAUCACCCCAUCUUCUUGGUUUGAAGCUUUAUCUGUGUGUCAUGUUCCCUGUAGCCAUUUUAUUUUUGGAAAACUUGUAGCCCUCGCUCCCUAGUGGAAGCCCUCACCCCCAGCAAGCUCCAGGCCUGCGCCCCCACCGGGGCCCUGGGCCUGCCCCACCUGGAUAGGGACGUGUCAGCAGCAUGAUUCAAGGGAUGUGUGUACAUAUGUAAAUGAGAAAUAGACAUGUCAACAGAUGCAUUCAUUUCUCUCGGAAUGUGUAUUGUUUUUAUUUUACGAAACAAAAAAAGGCUUGGAACUCCAUCUUACGUGGAAAAACUAGAUCUCGUUUGUUAGUGUUUGUGAGUUCUUCGCAUCUGUCUCACUCAUGUAAUAUAAUCUGACCCUGUGUGGAAAGGGUUUGUUCUUUGUUUUUUAUUUUACCUACAUGUACUAUUUAGCUUCGGUGUAUUAGUCCUGCCACCUGUGUACUUCUAGGGUGCUAUGGAAAUAACGAAAAGCAACGGGGAUUUCAGAAGAAAAUUGUAACCAAAUUCAUACUUUGUAUAAUUUUUGAUACCAUGAUCACAGGUGAUUGACACGUUCACACAUGCACACGCCCACCAGUGCAGAUGAAGUGACCCCCACAGGAACCCUCAUUGUCUUUGUACAUUGUGUACAAUGCAAUCAUUUCAUACUCUCGACUGGUCGGAAGACUAAUUGUGAUUUCUAGUCUUGCAAAGCUGUAUGUAGUUAGAUGAUGUGACAACCUCUAAUAUUUAUCUAAUAAAUAUGUAUUCAGAUGAAACCUGUAUAUUAGGUGUUCAUGUGGUUAUUUUGUAUUUAAAGAUCAAAUUAUUUGACUAUUGCUAGGCAUUUCUAUACUCUGUUGUAACACUGAAGUAUCUCAUUUGCCCAUGUUAAUUUUUUUCUAAAUAAAUGGACAAAAAACGAA